AUGACCUCCCUUUCGUCGGGCUCCUCCGGCCGCCACGGGAGUAUGUGGCGGUGGGAUGUGUGGUUUCAGCGAAUGGAUGACGAGUCGGCUGACGCUGGAUCUGGCCGCUGUCGUGGUAGAGGUGGGUCGGAGUUCAUCGCCUCUUUCUCCCCUGGAUCUUCUGAUUUCCCUAGUGUUGGGGCUUUAGGUCCGACGGUGAGGCAGUUGAUUUCUGUUGACGAUUGGCUGCCUUUGUUCUGUUUGGUGUUGGGGGUGCUUUGGGGUGGUGCUUCCAUGAGGGUGUUUCGUGUGGUGUUUCGGCAGGUUGCCCGCUGGCUGUUUGAGGUUGUCUGCAAGAAAUCUGCAGAGGAGGAUAAGGAUGAGGACGGAGCUUCUAAAGAUGCUAAAAUCUCCGAAUAUGCUCCCUUCAAGGAGGAAACCAACAAGGCCGACGAGUUAAUCAACCCGGAGAAAAUGGCAUUGGAUGAAUUCAAGGUUCUGAUCCAAAGGCGCUCAGCAAGCGCGAGUUCUCCGCGGCCGCCUCCUGGAAGCCCAGGCCCCAGCUCCGUUUCAAGUCCCAAUCGCUUUUCACCAUUUUUUUUUUUUCGCAGAUGA